GAUCAUGAUGUCCCUAUACUUGGCAGUGUUAGUGCUCUGUAUGAGUGCUGUGUAUGCGGACCCUAUGUUUGACUCUCAGUUGGAGGGCCACUGGCACUUGUGGAAGAACUGGCACAGCAAGAACUACCAUGAGAGCGAGGAGGGCUGGAGGAGGAUGGUUUGGGAAAAGAACUUGAAGAAGAUUGAGAUGCACAACCUGGACCACUCUAUGGGAAAACACUCCUACCGUCUGGGCAUGAACCACUUUGGUGACAUGAACAACGAAGAGUUCGGGCAGCUCAUGAAUGGCUACAAGCAGACAACCGAGAGGAAGUACAAGGGCUCUCUGUUCAUGGAGCCCAACUAUCUGCAGGCCCCUAAAGCUGUGGACUGGAGAGAGAAGGGCUACGUCACUCCCGUCAUGGACCAGGGCUCAUGUGGGUCUUGCUGGGCGUUCAGUUCCACCGGGGCCAUAGAGGGCCAGCAAUUCAGGAAGACUGGCAAUCUGGUGUCUCUGAGUAAACAGAACCUGUUGGACUGCUCCAGACCCCAGGGCAACGAUGGCUGUAAUGGAGGUCUCAUGGACCGGGCGUUCCAGUAUGUAAUGGACAACGGCGGCCUGGACACAGAGGCGUCCUACCCCUAUGUGGGCAAGGAUGAUUACUUUUGCCACUACCGACCAGAGUUCAGUGCCGUCAAUGAAACCGGCUUCGUGGACAUCCCCAGUGGCAAGGAGCACACUCUGAUGAAGGCUGUGGCGUCUGUCGGCCCCGUCUCUGUCGCCAUCGAUGGCAGCCACGAAUCCUUCCAGUUCUACCAGUCUGGGAUCUAUUAUGAGGAGAAGUGCAGCAGUAAGGAGCUUGACCAUGGAGUUCUGGUGGUGGGAUACGGUUUUGAAGGAGAGGAUGUAGAUGGCAAGAAAUUCUGGAUUGUCAAGAACAGCUGGAGUGAUAAGUGGGGAGACAAAGGCUACAUCUACAUGGCCAAAGACAGGAAGAACCACUGUGGAAUCGCCACGGCAGCCAGCUACCCACUGGUCUAG